CGCAGCACCAUCGGCGAAUAUACUUAUCCCGUUCAUACCCAAAUUCAGAGGUGCCGCAGAGAUGGAGGCCAGGAGGCAGGCUCGGAUCCGCAACCGUAUACCCCCAGGCGGACAUCUCAGGGCGCAAGUCGCAGCGCCUGCUCAUCUUAACCCGGAACUGUCGUCGUCGUCGUCGUCCUCAUCUUCGUCACCACCAUCGAUCUCGGACGUGGAAGAACAAGAGGUCAUUCCAGAAGAAGAGGAUGAGGACGACAUGGAUGAGGAUGAGGACGUCGUUGACGCUACAGUCGAUAUGAUGGCCGAUGACGAAUUUGAUCCCGAAUUUGCAGGGAGCCGGGGCACUAUGCUGGAUGAAAUGUCCGAUGGAAUGUCUCUCAUAUCGGGUUCUCAGUCCGGGACCUCUGCUUUUGACUUCUCUGUCAUACACUCGUCUCUGCCGCAGAUGGGCAGCGUUCGGAAUAACAGCAGCCGUCUCAGUCCUGUACGUGAGAGCCACACCAAUGAAGAACGCUCGACCAACGUCACACCCGAACGAGCCUCGACCUCCGCCAAUGUGGACUCGUACUUUGAGAUGGUCACCGCUCCAGUCGAUGACAAGUCCCAAAAGGAAGGCAUCGCUAAAUUGCUCGUUGCACCUAGCUCCUUGGCCGUCGCCCCACCCGUCCCGUCGCCGUCCGGAUCGAACCUCUUCGCCCGCAGACCCGUCGCGCCCGCACGCCCGGGCAAAUCCGCUCUCACGGCGAUGCUCGCAUCCGAGAACGACGAGGCGUCCGAGAACCCGUUUACAGAGCUCUACAGCGCAAUCUCCGGCCGGAACGAGCCGGACAGCAUGAACGUGCAGGUCUUCUUCCCGCACGCGACGAAGCCGGCGGGGAAGCCGCUCAAGCUCAACGUGCGUAAGGACGCGACGAUGGAGGAGGUGCUCGGCUUCGCGCUGUGGUCGUACUGGGAGGAGGGCUGGCAGCCGCGCAUCGACGAGGGCCUCGGUAGCGAGGACGACGACCCCAAGUGGCCGAUCGUGUGCUCUGGACUCGGAUGGAUCAUGAGGCUCGCGGAGGACGACGGAGAGGUGGACGAGGACUUCCCCAUUCCGGACCGCACACUGAAGGUCUCAAAAUUCGCACUCACGGCAUUCGCCGUCUUGAAGGCACACGAACCUCAGGUCGCACAAAAUAGAAUCACCGAAUCCAAGAUUCAACGCCGGCUCUCCCGGAUUGUGCUCAAGAAGAAGAAAUCGACCGAACUGCUCAAGAGCGCGGGCGCGAGCUCGGCGACGGGCGGCCUGGCGCCACCAGAGCUGGCUAUUGCGGGCAUGAGCGCAAGUGCAGGCCCCGGGUCCAUGCUCGGCUCGUCGCUCGGCCUAUUCCCAAGCUCCUUUGGGUCUUCAUCCGUGCAGGGUCCACCGCAGUUCUUGCGUAUCCGGAUUGCGGACACCGCCGAUGCGGGGCAUGUAUCCACCACUAUCCAGGCACACGGCGGCAUGUACAUGGCCGAGGUUCUCGAAGCGGUGUGCUCGCGGCGCAAACUGAACAACCCGAAGGACUACGCGCUCGUGCUCGACCUCAAACCGGCGAAGCUCUUCAUCCCGCUCGACCGCACCGUCAAGUCGCUGCAGGGCAAGCGCGACCUGAUGCUCAUCAAGAAGAACAUGUUGCCCACGUACGGCGUCGAGAUGGGCAAGAGGAUCACCGGGCGGUCGACCGACCCGAACGCGUCGAUCUUCAAGCGGACGUCAGAAGUUCCGGAGUCGACGUACAACUCGCCGCUCGACUACGCUACCGCGUACAAGAGAUUCACCGUGUACCGCAAAGUGCCUAUGCUCGUUACGCGAAGCGCACGCUUGCUUGCUAUUGAUGGCGGAUAUAUACAUAUCAUGCCGCAGGCCAACAAAGCGAAGAACGUCUUCGAGAGUGGCAAGACGGCCUCCUACGACAUCAAGAGUAUCGUCACAGUGCAGCAGUCUGGUAAGAACAGCGCGACGUUCAAGUUGGUCGUGCCGAGGGAUGCCGAGCGGAACAAGCGAUACGAAUUCGAGGCGGAGAACCCAAAGAUGGCUGCCGAGAUCGUGCAGACAAUUCGUGGCUUGAAGCAGCAGCUGGAGAGGUCGGGCACGAACAAGCAGUCUCGGAAGAGCAGACAUAUUACUUGAAGGACUGGCGUCUGGUCGUGGUAGAUUUGUCGUAAGAUAGUCUUGAAUGUACUUCACACGAACAAAGUGAUAUUAGGGAGCCUUCUGAGUAGUUCGCGGCAGUGCAUUUUUCGGAGAAAGAGAUGAAAUGGGUACUAUAAAAGGCUAGGAGACAAUGAUGGCUCAACAACGCAUUAGCAUGCCCUGCAAACAACCUCGCCCUUCAACUUCAACUGCAGCGCUUCUCGCGCCUCUAACCACUCAUGCUCCCGGUCAUCCGUCCGUACAACCGCGAUCUCACCCAUACGUAGCGGCUUUUGUCUUUGCACCCGUCUGCCCGUGCAUAGGAGGAGAAUCUCCUUGGUUUCCAUGUGUAUCUUCCGGCUCGGCUUGCUGACGAGCUCCAUCGAGUUCAGCACUGGGCGGUCCUCGCGGUACUUGAGGUCAGCCCAUAUCCGCCGCUGUGGCUCGCUCGCGGUGUGGAAUUGCUCCGGCGACGGCUGCGCGGUCGUACCCCGUGACAGGUUGGUGAUGAAGCCCGUGCGGAGGAGGAUGGAGAGGAUGCCGAGGUUUUGGGUCGUGUGCGGGACACAGAUGGACUUGUGCCGCGCCCGGAAGGCGUUUUGGAUGUGCGAGCAG